AAGCGCGGAAUGAUUUCUCCACGGCAAGCAAGCGCGGAUUAAAAAGGAGGGGAGAAAAAAAAACCCAUCAAAGAUCCGCUUAUUAAAUGAUUAACCAUUCGCCUACCGGGAUUUCACAAAAGAAGGGCCUUUAAAUAUCUCAUUGACAGAGCACCCAGUUAGUCAUUAAAGGAUUAUUCUUUCGGAUAUGGGAUCUACCUUCAGGAUCCCCACCUGCUGGGCACCGUAAUGGUGCUCUCUUCUAUAGCUGAGCCCCUCGCUGCCCUCUGAAGGAGCAGGAUGACAAGAUGGCACAGCUGCUUGUACCGCCCGGACCAGACAGCUUCCGCCCCUUCAUCCCCGAGUCGCUGGCCGCCAUCGAGAGGCGCAUUGCCGAGGAGGAGGCCCGGCGACCACGGGCGGAGCGCCGCAGCGAUGAAGACGAUGAAAAUGGGCCCAAGCCUAACAGCGACCUGGAGGCAGGGAAAUCUCUGCCCUUCAUCUACGGGGACAUCCCUCCAGGCCUGGUGUCAACCCCUCUGGAGGACCUCGACCCUUACUACAGCAAUCAGAAGACCUUCAUAGUAUUGAAUCGUGGGAAGGCAAUCUUCCGUUUCAAUGCCACUUCUGCCUUGUACAUCCUAAACCCCUUCAAUCCUCUGAGGAGGAUAGCUAUUAAAGUUUUAGUGCACUCGAUGUUCAGCAUGUUGAUCAUGUUCACCAUUCUGACCAACUGUGCUUUCAUGACCCUGAGUAACCCCCCAGAGUGGGCAAAGAAUGUAGAGUACACAUUCACAGGGAUUUACACCUUCGAGUCCCUAAUAAAGAUCCUGGCCAGAGGCUUUUGUGUGGGGAAGUUCACUUUCCUGCGGGACCCAUGGAACUGGCUAGAUUUCAGCGUCAUACUCAUGGCAUAUGUCACAGAGUUUGUGGACCUGGGCAAUGUCUCAGCACUGCGAACCUUCAGGGUUCUGCGAGCCCUGAAAACAAUAUCAGUCAUCCCAGGCCUGAAGACCAUAGUUGGCGCUCUGAUUCAGUCUGUGAAGAAGCUGUCGGAUGUGAUGAUCCUCACCGUGUUCUGCCUCAGCGUCUUCGCUCUGAUCGGCCUGCAGCUCUUCAUGGGCAACCUGAGGCAGAAGUGCGUGCGUGUGCUAAACUUCAACAACAACAGCAGCAUCAACAUCACUGGCAACGACACAGGUCCUUUCAAUGCUACGCUAAACUGGACGGAGUACAUCAGUGAUGAGAAUAAUUAUUAUUACCUCCCUGGCCGUAGGGAUGCUCUGCUCUGUGGAAAUGGCAGCGGUGCAGGACUCUGUCCAGAGGGCUUUGUAUGUCUCAAAACGGGCCGUAAUCCAGACUAUGGCUACACAAGCUUCGACACAUUCAGUUGGGCCUUCCUCUCCCUGUUCCGUCUCAUGACGCAGGACUACUGGGAAAACCUCUACCAGCAGACUUUGCGUGCAGCAGGGAAGCCCUAUAUGAUCUUCUUUGUGCUGGUGAUCUUCUUGGGCUCCUUUUACCUCAUUAACUUGAUCCUGGCUGUGGUAGCCAUGGCUUACGAUGAGCAGAACCAGGCCACCAUCGAGGAGGCUCAGCAGAAGGAGGAGGAAUUCCAGGCCAUGCUGGAGCAGCUGAAGAGGCAGCAGGAGGAAGCCCAGGUUGCCGCGGCAGCAGCGACAGAGAGCGGUGAGUACAGCGGGAGAGGGGGCCCCACCUCUGAGUCCUCUUCGGGGACGUCCAAGCUGAGCUCGAAAAGUGCCAAGGAGCGACGCAACAGGCGGAAGAAGAGAAAGCAGCGAGAGGAGGAGGAGGAGAGGGGCGUGUGCGACAAGUUCCAUAAGUCUAUGUCUGAGGACAGCAUCAAGAGGUCCAGCUUCCGCUUCUCCAUCGAUGCCAACCGGCUUUCCUAUGAAAAACGAUGCUCCUCACCCAACCAGUCUCUCCUCAGUGUCCGUGGUUCCCUCUUCUCACCUCGAAGGAACAGCCGUGCCAGCCUCUUUAGCUUCCGUGGCCGAGCCCGCGACAUGGGCUCAGAAAACGACUUCGCUGACGACGAACACAGCACCUUUGAGGAGAGCGACAGUCGCCGAGGGUCCUUGUUCUUGCCACGGCGCCUUGAGCGGCGCUGCAGCGCUGUCAGCCAGAUAAGCCUUGGGGCGCCACGGAUUGUGUUACCUGUCAAUGGAAAGAUGCACUGCUCUGUAGACUGCAAUGGUGUGGUGUCGCUGGUCGGUGGAACAUCUGUUACAACCUCUCCUGUAGGUCUCCUGCUGCCUGAGGGAACAACAACAGAUACUGAGAAAAAGAAACGCAGAUCAGGAUUCCUCCAGCCAUCCAUGGACUAUUUGGAUGAACCAGGGGGCCGACAGAGAGCCAUGAGUGUGGCCAGUAUACUCACCAACACCAUGGAAGAGCUCGAAGAGUCAAGACAGAAGUGCCCGCCUUGUUGGUAUAGAUUUGCCAACACUUGUCUGAUAUGGGACUGUUGUCCUGCAUGGUUAAAAAUCAAAGAGGUUGUUAGCAUGGUGGUCAUGGACCCCUUUGUGGAUCUAGCAAUCACCAUCUGCAUCGUCCUCAACACUCUUUUCAUGGCCAUGGAGCACUACCCAAUGACUAAAGAGUUUGAUAACCUCCUUUCAAUUGGAAACCUGGUGUUCACAGGGAUCUUCACAGCGGAAAUGUGCUUCAAGAUCAUUGCCCUGGAUCCUUACUAUUACUUUCAGGAGGGCUGGAACAUCUUUGAUGGUAUCAUUGUUAGUCUCAGUCUCAUGGAGCUCGGCUUGGCUAAUGUAGAAGGCCUGUCUGUGCUCAGGUCCUUCAGACUGCUGCGGGUCUUCAAACUAGCCAAGUCCUGGCCCACUCUUAACAUGCUGAUCAAGAUCAUCGGUAACUCAGUGGGCGCCCUGGGCAACCUUACUCUCGUGCUGGCGAUCAUCGUGUUCAUCUUUGCUGUGGUUGGCAUGCAAUUAUUCGGUAAAAGCUACAAAGAGUGCGUGUGCAAGAUUUCGGACGACUGUGAGCUUCCGCGCUGGCACAUGCAUGACUUCUUCCACUCCUUCCUCAUCGUGUUCCGGGUGCUGUGCGGGGAAUGGAUUGAGACUAUGUGGGACUGCAUGGAGGUGGCAGGACAGACGAUGUGCAUUAUUGUCUUCAUGAUGGUCAUGGUCAUCGGAAACCUAGUGGUUCUCAACCUUUUUCUUGCCCUCCUCCUGAGCUCAUUCAGUGCAGACAACCUGGCAGCCACUGACGAUGACAGCGAGAUGAACAACCUGCAGAUUGCUGUUGGACGCAUCCAGCGUGGGAUUUCAUAUGUCAAAACCAAAGUGCGACAGUUUCUCCAGAGCCUCUGCUCUGGCGGAGGUAAGGGAUCUGGGCUGACUGAGGAGAGCAAACCCCUGGAUGAUCUGCAAAGCAACGGAAAGGGCAACUGCAUUUCUAACCACACCCCAUUGGAGAUCACCAAAGACCCCAGUUUGAUGUACAUGAUGGAGGGCAACGGGAAGCCAGGAGGGCUGGUGGUUGGGGUAGGUGGGGAUACCACAAACAAGUACCCAGUGGAGGAAUGCGACUAUAUGUCCUUUAUUCACAACCCCAGCCUGACAGUGACUGUGCCCAUCGCUGUGGGCGAGUCAGACUUUGAAAACUUAAACACUGAGGAUUUUAGCAGCGACUCUUCUGACGUGGAGGGCAGCAAAGAGAAGCUCGAUGUAGACCCGCAGCCCCAGAGCUCAUCGGAGGGGAGCACAGUUGAUAUUCGACCCCCAGGAGAUGGGGCUGAAUCCGUGGAGCUGGAGCCAGAGGAGUCGUUAGACCCUGAGGCCUGCUUUACAGAAGGCUGUGUGAGCAGGUUCCAGUGCUGUCAGGUCAGCGAGGAAGUAGGCUGGUUCAAGAACUGGUGGACGCUCAGAAAAACCUGCUUUAUUAUUGUGGAGCACAACUGGUUUGAAUCCUUCAUCAUAUUUAUGAUCCUUCUCAGCAGUGGGGCACUGGCAUUCGAAGAUAUUUACAUUGAGCAACGGCGGACCAUCAAAACAGUGCUGGAGUAUGCUGACAAGGUCUUCACUUAUAUCUUUAUCCUGGAGAUGUUGCUGAAAUGGGUGGCGUAUGGCUUCGUUAAGUACUUCACCAAUGCGUGGUGCUGGCUCGACUUCCUCAUAGUCGAUGUGUCCUUGGUGAGCCUCGUAGCAAAUGCUCUGGGCUACUCUGAGCUCAGCGCCAUCAAAACUCUGAGGACAUUGCGAGCCCUGCGGCCCUUGAGGGCCCUGUCUCGGUUUGAGGGCAUGAGGGUUGUGGUGAAUGCUCUACUUGGUGCCAUCCCCUCCAUCAUGAACGUGCUCCUGGUUUGCCUCAUCUUCUGGCUAAUCUUCAGCAUCAUGGGCGUCAACCUGUUCGCAGGGAAGUACUACCACUGUAUCAACACCACCACAGAUGAGCUCUUCCCCACCAGUGUUGUCAACAACAAGACAGAAUGCGAGAAUUUGGUUAACAGCAGCGCUCGCUGGAAGAGUGUCAAAAUCAACUUUGACAAUGUAGGGGCUGGGUAUCUGGCUCUGCUGCAAGUGGCAACAUUUAAGGGUUGGAUGGACAUCAUGUAUGCUGCUGUGGACUCUCGAAAUUUGGAAGAGCAACCUGAAUAUGAAGUGAAUCUGUAUAUGUACCUCUACUUUGUCAUCUUCAUCAUCUUUGGCUCCUUCUUCACUCUAAAUCUGUUCAUUGGUGUCAUCAUUGAUAACUUCAACCAGCAGAAGAAAAAGUUUGGAGGUCAAGAUAUCUUCAUGACAGAAGAACAGAAGAAAUACUACAAUGCCAUGAAGAAGCUGGGUUCGAAGAAACCACAAAAGCCAAUUCCUCGGCCAACAAAUGAAUUUCAAGGCUUUGUGUUUGACUGUGUCACAAAGCAGGCUUUUGACAUUGUGAUCAUGAUUCUCAUCUGCCUUAACAUGGUGACAAUGAUGGUAGAGACCGAUGACCAAACAAGGGAAAUGGACAAAAUCCUUUACUGGAUCAACCUUGUCUUCAUUGUACUAUUCACCGGGGAGUGUGCGCUCAAGAUGAUUUCACUGCGACACUUUUACUUCACUGUUGGCUGGAACAUAUUUGACUUUGUAGUAGUGAUUCUUUCAAUUAUAGGUAUGUUUUUAUCCGAAGUUAUUGAGAAGUACUUUGUGUCCCCAACGUUGUUUCGAGUGAUCCGACUUGCCCGGAUAGGCCGCAUCCUUCGCCUUAUAAAAGGUGCCAAGGGCAUCCGGACGCUCCUCUUUGCCUUGAUGAUGUCACUCCCUGCCUUGUUCAAUAUUGGCCUUCUUCUUUUCCUGGUUAUGUUUAUCUAUGCUAUCUUUGCAAUGUCCAACUUUGCAUAUGUCAAGAGGGAGUCAGGGAUCGAUGACAUGUUUAAUUUUGAGACCUUCGGGAACAGUAUGAUCUGUUUGUUUCAGAUUACAACAUCAGCUGGGUGGGAUGGCCUGUUGGCGCCCAUAUUGAACAAAAGAGAGCCAGACUGUGACAGCAAGAUGGAGCACCCUGGGAACUCUUAUAAAGGCAACUGUGGUAACCCUUCAGUAGCCAUCUUUUUCUUCGUCAGCUACAUCAUCAUUUGCUUUCUGAUUGUAGUUAACAUGUACAUUGCCGUCAUCCUGGAAAACUUCAGUGUGGCCACAGAGGAAAGUGCUGAACCACUAAGCGAGGAUGAUUUUGAGAUGUUUUAUGAAGUUUGGGAACGCUUUGAUCCCGAUGCUACUCAGUUUGUGGAGUACAGCAAGCUUUCUGACUUUGCAGAUGCCCUCGAUCCACCGCUUCGAAUCGCCAAGCCCAACAUGAUCCACCUUAUAGCUAUGGACUUGCCAAUGGUGAGUGGUGAACGCAUCCACUGCCUAGACAUCUUGUUUGCUUUUACCAAGCGGGUUUUGGGUGAAGGUGGGGAGAUGGACAUGCUACGUGGACAGAUGGAGGAGCGUUUCAUGGCCUCCAACCCCUCUAAAGUUUCCUACGAGCCAAUUACCACUACGCUGCGCCGCAAGCAGGAGGAAAUGUCAGCCAUAGUUAUCCAGAGAGCUUUCCGACGCUACAUGAUCCAACAAGCAAUGAAAAAGGCCUCUGCUCUCUAUAAGGAGCAGCUAAAGGAGGGCGUCCAUGACCCAGAUAAGGAUGUGAUGGUCAUUAGCAAGUUCAAUGAGAAUUCCACCUCAGACAAAACAGACAUGACUCCAUCCACCGCCUCCCCGCCCUCCUACAACAGUGUGACAAAGUCGGACAAGGACAAAUAUGAAAAAGAAAAUAGGGAAAAGGAAAACAAAGGGAAAGACUUGAAAGACAGAAAAAACUAGACUUCUAGGGAAUGGAACAAACAAUGCAUCAGUUAAAAGGGGGAAAUUUGUUUACAGCUUCUAGAGGAUGUAGAUAGAUGUGUGCGUGUCUGUCGAUUGUUCAGAGAUGAAGAACGCUGUGCCAGGGAGGCCUAAAAUGGGAGCGCUGUUAUAAUAACUACAAAUAUGUGGGUUCUUCCCAGAGAAGGAAAAUGGAAGCAAGUUAUCCAGCAGACACUGCCAGAAGGUUGAGUGGAACAUAGUGCAGCCUCUCUGCAAAACGCUUGUGAUUUUCCUUUUGGUUGUUGUUACUAUCUGACACUUGAGUGUACUGUUAAUUUGUCUGUAGCUAGUGCUGCUGCUACUUCUAUAAAUCCAGUGUCUUGAAUUGAAAAAUUGCUGUAUCACUUAAAAAGUUCUCUGCAUUUUUCUUUUGUGUCUGUUCCUUUUUUUUAAUGAAAAAGAAUGUUUUCUACUUUUUGUUUUUAUUUUUGAGAAUGUUUCCUCUGCUUUCACUCUCGUACAAUCAUCAAGGACUGAAAAAGUUGAUGCUGGAAACUACAACACUCUGAAACUCGGGUCAGUACCAAAAUACUUGUGGUUCAAACAGUAUGUGAAGCUGGAACAUACCAAUGAAGUGCAAUGAAUGAAUAACUUGUAUUCACUGAUGUCCCAUCAGUAAUUUUUAGAAUCGGUAUCUACUGCCAUGUUCCAGUUUCAGUAUAAAAACUCUAAAAACAGAGAAGCUGAAUGUAUGCAAUCUGGAGGAAAAAGACGCAAUUAAAGAAACUUGGGAAAUAUUCUUGGUUGCUUUUUUGCCAAGAUUUCGAUGACACAAUUGGCACCACUCUUGUGUCAGGCUAGACUCUAUAAAUAAUUUAAAUGGCCUCCUUUUCUUUUUGCUAUGUCCAGGGGUGUUCCCAUCUGACAUUUGUCUAGUAGAAAUUAACCUAAACUCAGACUGUUGAUCUGAUCAGAGUGCCUGUUUUUAACCUAAAUGUAAAACUAAUCAAGUCUCACUGUCAAACUACAUGUCAGUCCUUAAUAGUAGGUGUUGAUAUUUAUGCACCGAAAUGUUUUUUUGUCUUAAUUUUUAACUAUUAAACAUUUUUGGCCCAUUCUAAACUCACUGCAAUAAUUAAUUCCCUUCAUUAGCCUAUCUGCUAUAUGAGCACUGUCUUUUGAAUCAUUUACACCGUAGAGAUUGUCAAAACGUUUAGUGCUGAAUGUUAAUCACUUGUCACCAUCACUGUUGUAGUUGUGUAGAUAAAGGUAAAACCACCAACCACUUUUUUAAACCGUAAAAAGAUAAUACAUUUUAAGCUAGUUAACUAACUUGCUGACUUUAACAAUUUGAAGGCACUGCUGAUAAAUGUUUUAUGGCAUUGCUUAGUGUUCUUGUUUCAAGCUGUUGUUACAUUCAAAGAAUUUUGUCAGGUAUAUGGCAUGACCACUUUUGAUUAUGUUUUUAAUAAGUUGCAAGUGCUCUGACAAAUGUAUUUUAAGUGUAUACUAUUUUGUAACUAUAUUUCUAUCACUCUUUACUGGUUUUUGGUCCUGAUCUCUCUUAUAGGCUCUUUGGUGACUCUUAGAAAAUGUAGGAGAAUAUUACCCCUGAUCAAACCAAAACAGUUCUGACUGACCUGAUUUCCAUACAGUAGACUGAGUAAAUUAUAGAAAAUUACAUGAAAUUUUUGGUUGUCAAAGCAGGUGUGAAAUGUCUCCAUGGUGGUUAUGGAUUGACGCAUGGUGGCUAUAAAACAUCUGCUCUCUCAAGACUCCAAUUUGUACUUAAAAAGUUGGGUACGAAAUGGCAAAUUGGCAAAAUGACAAACACCUAAGGCAGCUGUGAUACAUUUUUCUUGAGUAUACCUGUUUAUUAAAGGAUAGUGUCCUCCUAAUUUAGUUUGCACAUCUUAACACAGUUUUUUUACCGUCUCAUAUGAUGGCAAGAAAUACUGAAACCAGACCUCUCAGCAAUAGGUGGGUUGGCUGGCUGAUGCAACCUGUACCAGAUACAUUGACCAGAUAUAGAUGGAUAAUAGUAUUUAUUCAUAUAUAUUUUAAAGUAGAAGAUAUUUAUUAGUUGUCCCUGCAAAACAUUCUCCAUUAAAGGAGUGGUAUUAAUGUCCUCAUCUAUCUCUUGGCAGCAAAGUUAAGUGAAUUUCCCAAUCUGUAUUUUAAGGCAACACUCCGACCUGCUUGUUCACCUGCUGUCGUGUUGCAUUCACUGUGCUCCCUUUUAUCCUCUUCGCCCCCUCCUGUCUACAUUCCAUAGAGCUCCUGUAAACAAAAUGUCUUAGCAAUGAACUAUAAGAAGAAAAUGUCAGUCUUUCUACCUUCUUUCAAGCUAGAACAUGACAAUAUAUCACAUAUAAAAGCUGUAAUAUCACAAAUGUUUGUAUGCCAUUCAUGUUUAAAUUGAGAAGCGAGUGGUUUUAAUGUAGUGGUUUGGUUUGUAAAUAAUAUAGCUAUUUGGGCCCACAGUAUGCAUCACACUUACAUUUGAUGUAAGAGCACUUUUUAUCCCCACUGCUAUGUAAUUCCUUGUGUGGCUGUCAUACAUGUGCGUGUGUCUGUGUUUGUUUCUGUGUGGGACUCUGCGAGAAUGUCACCAUCCAUCUCUUUAUUUGACCAAGUGUGUUUGUGUGCAACUGGGCUCUGCAGGUUGCUUGUGUUCUGCCAAUUAUAAAUAACAUUUUUAAUGUAGAUACGAGUGUGUUUUUAAGUCUUCUCAUGUAAUUUCAGAUUUAAACAAUUUUUUUAUAAAAUAUUUUUUCUUUCCCGCACUGUAACACCUGAUGAAACCACAUGUAUGGUCCCCAUGUCUGUAGAUACUAACCAUGAAGCAAUCAGUAGCCAUCUCUCAUUGCACUUGUAGUGUUUUAGUGAACUGCAUGCAGGAAGUGACUACUGUCUGCUCAUAUGAUGGUAUAAUUUUCAAGCCAAAAGAAUAAAGAGCAUAUUUUUUGUAAAUGCUUGUUUAUAAUGUUUUCAUUACAGUCUAUACAUUUUUUUUCUCUCUCCUUAUGUUUGAAAUUCUCUGUGUAACAUCAAAUUCCUGGUGUGUGAUGAAAUAUGAUUGCUUUAGAGGUCAGUCAGGAUCAUUCAUGUGAUUCAAUCUAAUGUUACACCGAUGUAUCGAUUUGCAAAAUGUGACAUUUUUUUUGUUAUAACCAAAGAUGUGGCAACAAAACACAAAAUCUAGAUUUCCAAAAUAAAACCUAAUUUGGAAAGCA